AUGCCCAGGCACCUAUUUACAUGUAUCUCGGCAACCUAUCAAAAUACGCUUGCGGGAGGCUCACUUCCAGAGCAUUUGCCAGAUAACCUCCAAGAGUUCUUAUCAAUAGUCGUUCAGCAAACGCAAAAGUCUACCGCUCUUAUCACCCAUUGUCGUUCAGAGCUUAUACAUGAAGUCUGGAGGCUGCUUCUCGAUUCCAAUUUUAUGCACCCCUACAAGCACGGUAUAAUUAUCAAGUGUUUUGACGGGAUAUUCAGGAGAUUCUAUCCACAAAUCCUUACCUACUCCGCAGACUACCCUGAAAAGGUUAUGCUCGCUGCAAUCCGAGAUAUGGGAAAAUGCCCAUGUCCUUGCUGUUUGGUCCAACUAUCACAUUGUGAUCAAUCAGGCCUAGUUCACAAUCUUCAAGCCCGACUUUUGCAAGCUUGUGUUUAUAUCGCAGGAAAGAAUGCAUUUGCAGAGAGGCUGAGUCCUUUCGGUUUUGAUUCUUUUCAGAUCUCCGUGGUGGACUUAAUGCACGAGUUUGAGCUUGGUGUAUGGAAGUCAACCUUCACCCAUCUCAUCUGUCUUCUCUUUUCCAUCAGUCACUCAGCCGUUGCUGAUUUAGACGCAAGGUAUCGUCAAAUUCUUCCCUUUGGCCAAGGAACCAUCCGCGCAUUCGUUGCAAAUGUAUUUCAGAUGAGGAAAUUAGCAGCAAGGAACUUUGAGGACAUACUGCAGCAUGCACUUGCCAAGUUACAUAUUCACACAAAAUCUACUCUGGAAUUACUAGACACGGCGCUUAAAGCCCUUUGCAAGCUAGCCCGCCAAUUUUGGGAUAUUACAUGUUCAGCUUUCAAGACAACGGAAUUACCACGUGAAAAGGCUGCUUGUCUUCGGAGGCUGAAAGACAAACCCACUCUGAGUAAGACAGAAGGGACCGGUACCCGUAAUAAGGUAUUCAAUCUGGGUACUUACAAGUUUCAUGCACUCGCAGACUACGUGCGCAUAAUUCGCCUCUUUGGUUGCACGGACUCGUAUACCACACGAAUAGCUGAGUUUAUAUCCCCAAAAAAACCUAAUUAA